AUGCAAUUCAAGACAUCUUUAGCAUUAUUUACCAUUGCAGCAACAGCAUUGGCCAAAACAAUUCUCUUGUCUAACGACGAUGGUUGGGCAUCUACCAACAUCAGAGCUACGUAUUACCAGUUGAAGAGUGCUGGCCAUGAUGUUUAUUUGGUUGCUCCAGUUUCUCAAAGAUCUGGUUGGGGUGGAGAAUUCGACGAACCAACGUCUCCAACCUUGGAUACAGAUGGAGAAUUCGGUUAUGUUAAGGCUGGUGCUCCAUCAUGGGGUCAUGAAAUUGAUGAUGACCAUAUAUGGUAUGUGAACGGUACCCCAGCAUCCUCUGUUGCUUUUGCUUUGAAGUACGUCUUUCCAUACUACUUUGCUGAGAAAGGUGAGAAUAUUACAGUUGACUUGGUCGUUGCAGGGCCAAAUGAAGGUACAAACAUGUCUCCAGGUUUUUUUACUGCUUCUGGUACUAUGGGGGCCACUUACAACGCUGUUUAUAGAGGUUACCCAGCUAUUUCGUUUUCUGGUUCUAAUUCUAACAACUCGUUCUUCAAAGAUUCGUUGGACUUGGAAGAUAAAUUGGAACCAUCAACAAUCUAUGCUAAUUUGGUAGUUGAAAUGGUCAACCAACUAUUUGAAUCUCAAGGUGAGAACACAAGAACCUUGCCUUUGGGUGUUGGCCUCAAUGUCAAUUUUCCGGCUGUUGGUUACCUCAACGAAACUUGUAAUAGUCCACAAUGGGUAUACACCAGAUUAACAGGAGAAUAUGCUGGUGGUGCAGACAUGUACUAUAACGAAACUUCUAAUUCUUUUGUCUGGAAACCAUCGACUAUGUCGGCCCUUUCCGUUUGUUACAACGGCGAUUGCUCGUUACCAUCUGAAAAUCUCAUUCUCGGAUACACCGAUUGCGCUACAUCGGUCAGUGCAUUCUCUAUUGAUUAUGAUGUUACCUUAGGCAUGAGCAAUGAAGUUACGUCGUUAUUGCAACCUUUGUUUUCCAGCUGA